AUGUCUGGCGAACUCCAAGAUGAUGCCGUAGAGGCUCUUGAACAGGAGAUCAAGGACCUUCGAGCUAAAGCCGCGUUGUUGAAGAAGGAAUUGAAGGUGCAGGCCACAGCACUCAUCUCUUCUGAUUCGAUACGGGCUGCCCUCAAAGAAGACAACGAGAAACGCACCGCGCUUGCACAUCCAUCGGAACCCAAUACCGUCCGCGACCAAGUCCUGUCCCGGUCCAAAGCCCAAGACGCGCACGAUCAACAAUGUCUCUACAGAACCUGCGCAACAAUAACCACCUUCAAGGUCAAAGAUCCUGAUCCCAAUGCCGUCGAUCGAGGCAACGUUCUCGGGAUUCGCAUCGAAAUUAUGUCCGACGCCAAGUUCCGACGGCCAUACUAUAUUAUGCUAAACCGACCGUACAAAGACUCGCGACACCUACGAGUUCACCGGCAUACGGUGCCCCCAUGCAUUCCGCUUGCUGCGCUCGUCGCUCGCCAUCUUCCCACACCUAAGUCUGCCGAUGCCGAGGGCCAGAAGGCGCAAGAUUUGUCUCGUUUCGUGCGAACCCUGAGGAGGGAAAUUCUGAGAUACCACAACCGGACUGCUGUGAUUGGCGAUCUACAAAAGGCGGCUGGGUUGGUUGGCGCCGGCAGUGAGGGAGAAGAUCCCGAGCAGGCGUUCACAAGCAUUGUUGCCGCAGAUAUCGAAGCCAAGCAGAUCAGUAUUGAAUGGGCCGAUGGCAGGGCGGGCAGACUGGUCAUGAGCGAAGACGGACAGAUCCAAAAGCUUGUCGUGCUUGGCAUGGCGGGACGGGACCGAGAGGCUACGAGAGAUCUUCUAGGCGACAGCCGUCGCGUAGAAGAUGUCGCAAAGCGAUUGGCAACAUCUUGA